AACUCUAAUACGAUGAUGGUGCUUGUCGUGUUUUGGAGUUGGAGGAGUUAGCGCACAAUGAUUGGAAAGGGAGUUUUUGAAAGCUUUUAAAGAGGAUAUCCACGAAAUCUGACCUAGAUUUGAACCUUUUUAUUCGGAGAAUAUAUUCUUAAUGUGAAUAACCCUGAUCUUUGGUUAACGAAGGCGAAAAUGGAUGAAGAAGACCCGUUCUACGACCACGUCCACGACUUGCAACCGGAGACGAAGCACUCGACAAAGAGGAAGGCUGGAAGGACCAAAAGUACUGAUAAUGUCAGGGUUGUUGAAAUGCGCAAGGAGAGGUCCAGAAAUGCCGCCAGAAACAGGAGGGGAAAAGAAAAUGCUCAGUUCGAUGAACUGGCCAAGCUCUUACCACUUCCUGCAGCAAUUACAUCUCAGCUGGACAAAGCUUCAAUCAUACGGCUUACCAUUAGUUACUUGAGCAUGAGGGAAUUUUCUGGCCUUGUUCCACAAAGACAGAUAACAGAUGGAUCAGAAACUUGUGUUUCACCACUUUCUGAAACUGCAGCAGAUGCUGUCCCACCCGGGUCACCAACUCCAGGUCCAAGUACUGAAAUUGUUGCUUUCAAGAAAAGUGAAGGUCCUGAAGGAAUUCCUCUAAAUGAUGAGACAGGAGCACAACUUUUACAUGCUCUUGAGGGCUUCCUUCUAGUUCUUGCAGAAGAUGGCAAGAUACUGUAUGUGUCAGAGACUGUCUCCAUAAAUCUAGGUCUUUCACAGGUUGAACUUACUGGUGGCAACAUAUACAACUAUGUGCAUGUUGAAGAUCAUGGUGACCUUAAUGACCAACUGAAACAAGCUUCCGCUACGCAGCCAAGUGAUCCUCCUUUCCAAACCAGUCAAGAUUUCUUUUCUUGUCAAAACAGUAGUGGUAGUGGCUUAUUCAGUCAAGGGGAUGCCAUUGGACCAGGAACUCUUCCCAUUCAUCAGCCUAGAGCAUUCUUCUUGAGAAUGAAAUGCACUCUUGUUAGACGAGGAGGAUCUUAUGCAAAAUCAUCAGGCUUUAAAGUAGUGCAUUGUGUUGGUCGCGUUAAGGACUACGCGUCAGACGAUCAAGAAACUGCAAGAAAAGCGUUUGUGAUGUUAGCUCAGCCAGUUCCAACCAUGAAUAUCAAUGAACUACCACUAGAAUGCAAUAUGUUUGUCAGUCGUGUUAACAUGGACCUGAAAAUCGUUUAUUGUGAAGGAAGGAUUCAUAAGUUUAUGGAUUAUCUAGCCAAGGACAUCGUUGGUAUCUCAGCAUAUGAUUUCUACCAUGCUGGAGACGUCGCCCUCAUACAAAGCCAUCAUGCCAAAUUUCUUUCGAAGGGUCAAGUUUGGACCAAGUACUACCGAUGGAUGAAUAAGAAUGGCGGAUGGGUUUGGAUGCAGACUAAAGCAUCGCUCAUUCCUCAUCCAACAAACCCUGGCCUCAAACAAAUGUUGUGUCUCAACUACAUUUUAAGUGAUGUGGAACACCGUAGCGUUGUGUUGGGAAUGGCGCAGCUCAAAGACAAGCCAGAAAUGGACGACACCUCACAACUAACUGAAGUUCCUUGCGAAGCUGAUAAUUCUGGCGAAUUAAGUGAUGCGCUUAUUGAUGACCAAAUUAUGGUGUUUCCAAAAUGGCACGCUACUUCCGAUAAAUUGGUUCCAGAACAAACCGUGCUUGACCAAAUGGCUCUUCAGCGUACAGGCUACAGCAACCAAUUCAACGAAUCUCUCAAAACUUGGUCCAAGCAUCAUAAAUGGAUAGACAACACAUCGGACCAAGAAAGCAGCCCGGAAAAUGAUAUCGAAGAUAAAGACCUACAAGAUAUUGUUGAUAUUAUUGAUGCCGAUAUGUCGACCUUUGAUCGAUCUCUCAUCGAUUUUGUCGUGUCUGGAAAUGCUCAGUCGAUUUAUCAGGCAACGCCCUCUCAGUUAGGGCCGAUCGCUGGUUACAUUGAAGAGAUUCCCGAAUCUACAACAGAGUUCCAAGUUGGCCGAAACGUCCUGCCGAAAGUUGAAGACGACGAGAUGCAAAGCGAUUUUGGGUCUCUACAGUUCUGCUCUCAAGCUGUCAGUAAUACCUCCGAGUUUCCUAAGAGCUCAAGCAGCGUUAAACCAGAGGGUCCUAGUAAACGCCCUGCAAGUGGAACGACUUACGAUUACGGAACCACUUUAUUCGAGAAUAACAUUCCCAGCAAGAUCCCUAGAUUGAGCCAUAUGCAGUGUGUAAAUAUAAAUAUGAGCGGGUCUAAAAUGUGCAAUAAACCUGGCAGAUCGACUGCAACUAUUACAGUUCUUCCUGAUACUCAAGAUAAUGACCCAUAUCAAAUGCCCAGUUCUUCUUCAGCUUCGCAGGGCUCAGUUACGUAUACAGGGAGCUCGACCUCAAYGUCAACAAAGCCAACAGUAGCUUAUGUCCAAGGACCUGAGCAAGGCUUUAUUGGCUUGUCUGAAGAUAAAAGAAUGCCUCCCGCGCCUGCGGUAGCAACAUCACCCAAUUCCUAUCAAAGUAGUAAACCAAAAAGCUCGACAUUAUCUUCACGGAAGCCUAAAACUCUUCUAGAACAAUUGGCUUUCAUGCCAAGUCAAGAUAGCGACAUGUUAAGUGAUGACAUGAUGUUUGAUAUCGUGGAAUCGUUGUUAGGAGACAGUAUUGAUGACAGUGACAAUACUAGAACUUCUCAGAGCUUUGGUAGUGACUUUGAUAGCAAUGCAUCCGUUAUGAGUACGUUGAUUCCUCGACAGGAAAUAAAACAAGAAGUGGUGACACCAACAUCAACCGAACCCCAAACGCCUUUCUCUGACUGCUUUCAAAACAUGUCGAAUUUUACGAACGACUCGCAAAUGAAAUCGUCUGGACUUUAUCAAAGGAGUGGCCCAUUACGCAGCCCGGGAUUCUCUUCUGGCUUGGAAAGUGUGAAGGCAGAGGCCCCAGUUUCCAUGACCAAUGCAAAUAUGAACAGAGAAACGAGUGAAACUCGUGCAAACGUCUUUUCUGAUAGAACAAGUUCUUCGUAUCAUCCUUCUGCUUCCCCUCGUCCGCAUUGGGGGACACAGCAGCAGGGACAGAUGUCGAGGCAGCCUUCUUGGCAACAACAGCAACAGCAACAGCAACAAGAGUCUGGCCCAGAAAUACCGACAUUACAACGACCGUAUCAGAUACCGCCGCAAGGAACGAAACCACAAACAGCAACACAAUCAUUUAGCCAACAGGAAACACUUUUUCAGCAACACAAACUACAACAGCAAGACCAGCAGCAUUUCGAGCUCCUUCGAUCCCAACAACAACAACAGAAACAGCAACAACAGAAACAGUUACAACAGCAGCAACAACAUCAACUAAAACAACAGCAGCAACAGCAACAACAACAUCAACUAAAACAGCAGCAGCAGCAACAACGAAUGUAUCAGAUAAACCCAUUUUCUGUUUAA